AGAAGUGAAAUAGUGAGCAAGAGCUAUGACUUGUGUCUGCAGUGUUGCCAACUUGGCGACCCUUUCAUUAUUUUCUGCAACUUUUGUGACCCCUCUAGCAAGUAUUUGUCCUAAACAGAGACUAGCAAAUACGACAAUAGUGGUCCUAAUGUUAGCAACAUUCUUAAAAACAUUAGCACAUUAUUUACCGAACAUGAAUAUGCAAUGUUUGUGAGAUACAGUAUGCCUAAAAUUAUGUGAUUUGCGUAAUAAUUACAGCGCUAUUAUUUUUUUCAUCCUCGCACAUUCUCGCGAGAACGGGCUUUUGCAGUUGUCGCGCGUAGCCUACAGGUGGCGGCAAAGCGGCACGGUAUGUAUGACGUAGUGUUUCCUUUUGUGUGUCUCGUGAGUGAGUUGUUGACACCGCCCCUCCGGAGAGAGGCUGCAAGGCGGGCGGCACUGUCACAAGCAGACCGCGGCUCACUUUUCCUGGCUGUAAACAGCUCCACGGCGAAAUCAUGUACGGAAAAGACAGCGUCUCCGAGGAGUGGCUCCUCUGUAUUUUGCCUCCGCCGGUUCUACGGACGUUCACCAUAUAGACUAUCGAACGACGCCUAUCUACGAUCGGCGAGCCUCACGUCACCUCCCGUCGUUUCUCUUGGACUCGUGCUUCACCUGUCAGUAUCGGUCAUUGUUUAGCUGAUGCAAUUGCUGCAUUUUGUAAACUACGGUUGUGAACGAUCUCCGGGUAACUCGGCGCCAAGCUCACCCGCCGAGCGUGUGGCCAGACCAGUGGCUGCUUAGCUCCGGAGACGCAGCCAAACAUGGCAUCGGCCGUCGAGCACGACCUGGCGCUUUCUGAGGCCGACAGCAGCAAGGAUAAAUCUCAGGUGUUCGGAAUAUUGAGGUUGCAAGAGGAGAAAUCCAACAUCGGCGAGAAAUGUAUACCCGCUGUGAGGGGAGGCGGGGGUGGAGGGGGAGACGGACGAUGGCAGGCUCCCAUCUUCGCGUUAGCCAGGAAAGCCUCUGAAACCAUUUCAGGGAGCAUUCAUGUGCUGCCUAAAGUGUCGGAGAACAGAGCAUCCGUGCCAGGAGAAUGGAACGUUCAAGCUUUGCGGGAUCCCAUGGCCAUGGAACGAGCCAACCUGCUCAACAUGGCCAAGCUGAGUAUUAAAGGCCUGAUCGAGUCAGCCCUGAGCUUCGGAAGAACGCUGGACUCGGACUACCCGCCUCUGCAACAGUUCUUUGUUGUCAUGGAGCACUGUCUCAAACAUGGUCUGCGAGUGAAAAAAUCCUUUUUGGGAUUUAACAAGUCUCUUUGGGGACCUCUGGAGCUGGUUGAAAAACUGUGUCCGGAAGCAGGAGAGAUCUCAGCCUCUGUACGAGAUCUGCCAGGACUCAAGACUCCUCUGGGUCGGGCCAGGGCGUGGUUGCGACUGGCCCUAAUGCAGAAGCGGCUGGCCGACUAUCUGCGACUCCUCAUCACUCGAAAAGACUUACUAUGUGAUUUCUACGAGAAUUCAGCACUGAUGCUGGAAGAGGAAGGCGCCGUGAUCGUGGGCCUGCUGGUUGGCUUGAACGUCAUUGAUGCCAACCUGUGUGUCAAAGGUGAAGACCUGGACUCUCAGGUCGGGGUGAUUGACUUCUCCAUGUACUUAAAGAAUGACAUCGAUGAUUACAGGAGCGAAGAGAGGAACAGCCAGAUAGCAUCUAUCUUGGAUCAGAAAAACUACGUCGAGGAACUUAAUCGGCAACUGAAUUCUACAGUUCAUGGGCUACAGGGCAGAGUGGACUCUCUGGAAAAGUCCAACUCGAAACUCAUAGAGGAGUUAGCGAUCGCCAAAAACAACAUCAUUAAACUACAGGAAGAGAACCAGCAACUAAGGAGCGAAAACAGCCUCAUUCUUCUGAAGGCACAACAACAUUUAGAGGUGUCUCAAGGUGACGUGUCAGUGGAGAGAGACACAUACAAACAGUCUCGUCAAGGUUUGGAUGAGAUGUACAACGAGGCGCAAAGGCAGCUGAAGGAGGAGUGUCAGCUCAGACAGGAUGUGGAGAAUGAGCUGGUGGUCCAAGUGUCAAUGAAACAGGAAAUGGAACUGGCCAUGAAACUUCUCGAGAAAGAUAUUCAUGAAAAACAGGACACGUUGAUCGGUCUGAGAAAUCAACUGGACGAAGUCAAAGCCAUCAAUGUCGAGAUGUAUCAGAAGAUGCAGUCAUCUGAUGACGAAAUGAAGAAGAAGAACAACAUGAUCAGUCGUCUUGAGGAGAAGACCAAUCAGAUCACUGCCACCAUGAAGCAGCUGGAGCAGAGCGAUAAAGAUCUGCUAAGUCAGACCAGAACUCUGGCCAUGUCGUUUGUCAAGUGUGCCAGCACAGACACCGAGCACCAGUACAAGCUAGUGAAGGACAUCUCCUUCUGAGCACAAACGCAUACUUACACAGGGACUGACUUGGAUCAACGAUACCCAGCUUUACUUAUAUUUUUUUCCUUUUUUCCCCACGUGUUUUUGUGGACGGUGCAGUGUGGGGAAAUAUUGUCGUCGUUGGCUGAGUGAGGGAGGCGGGCGGCGGGGGGGAAUCGUUUGUGAUGAUUGCAGUUGUGAUAUCUUAUUUUCUUUCAUUGUCACGUCACCUUUUCCUCAUUGUAACAUCUCUUGAAAGAUAUUAAAAGAGAAGCUGUCAGAGCAGGGGGUAAACUCCACAUACCGCUAUAAAUAGACGCAAGCUUGCUGGUGACUUUAAGAUGAAAGUUGAGGCUCUGGUGUAUACGGAAUAUCACUAUUUCGGAGCAAUAACUUACACAACACCCAAGUGAUAUUUUCUCAUUCAUAAUGCUUGGGGCACCAUCCACUUCGGUAGACGACAUAUAUGAACAUAGAUUUUUUUUUUUUUUUUAAUUGUACAAUCUGAGUUGUUGUUAUUAUUCCUGCUCGUAUAUACAUUUAACCCAUCAACAAAAAUGCUAAUAUGGUAGUCACUUGAACAAGAGACCGCUUCAAUAUAGAGGAAGUGCAACUGCAUUGAUAUUUAAAAAAUAAAAACGUGUUUAAAAAAAAAAAAAAAGAAAUGGAGAAUGUUACAGUUAAGCAAUUUCUAAGUUGCGCUGUAUGCAAAAAGCUGAUGGUCGCAAUGCAGUCAAGAUUUGAUUCCGUCGGAUGUCCGAUUAUCGAUGUCUUGAAUCAAUGCAUAUUUUCUUCCACGCUCUCUUUUACUUACAGUUUGAUGAUUUCAUACUUUUAAUAUAAUUCUAAGAUCCACAUUUUCACGAUGAAAUGAAACUACAGGUGCAUUUUACUUGCGUUAUCUUUUACCAGAACAAAAUGGAAGCGAUGUAGCUGAAUCCAUGCGGUACCGGAAUCCCCCUUCCUUCUUACAUUCCAGACUCCCUGCAAUAAGUGAACAUCUGUGGAAUACAAAUACACGACUCAAAUACACUCUAGCCAUGUUUUUUUUUUUUUUAACAGCACUUUGAUUGUAGGUUUUUAAACGCGCUUUUAAAACCAUACAAACACAUUUACGCAUAUUUUUGAGAGUGAGAGAGAGAGCAAUAGAAAACACAGAAAUAUUGUACAAACAGUCUGAAGUGUGAGGCACGAUAGGGAUUACUCUACUGUGAAUUAAUAGACCCGAAUGAUAAACAUAAAUCUCCCAGGUGGAGACGUAAUGCUGAUGCUUGUCGUGUUCCCAAAAUGUUUGAAUUUAUUCUUCGGGACGUGUGUCAAAUCGACUGUCCGCGAAGCGUUUCACUUUCAAGUUCCUCGGACUUAAUUGUUUAACUGAUUCAGUACAUUUGAGAAUUGAUUCAGAAUCUACAUCGCAAUGCAUCCUGGACUCUUCAUUUGAUUUAUUUGAUUAAUUUUAUCCCACCCUCGCAACGACAAAAAGUUGAGCUAAAAAUACAUUGUUGAAGUUGUUUUUUUUUUUCGCUACAGCGCCAUCUGCUGGAUCAGGUGGGUCACUUCCCCUGUUAACCUCAAAUGCAAAAUAGCCACUGCUUACAGCGCUGCAAAUUAAAACAUUGAACGCCGAAUGUUACAUCGUGUCAGGGCUAGGCGUACUAUUUAUUGACUGUAGUGACAGACUGGGACUUACGAAAUCCAUGUUUCUAGAAACCUAACUGUCGAGGGAUUUGUAAAAGCCCAUGUUGUCACUGCCUUUGACCACCUUGAUCAAUAAAACGUGAUGUUUUGAACGUG